AUGUUUGAAUCAAAACAACAUAUGUAUAAUUCAAUAAAUAUUCAUCAUACUAGUUUAAACGCCUGUAUUGAUUCAGGUACCUUAUAUCUAGAUGCUUUUUUCUUUUCUUUAGAUUUAAUAGAAGAAUCUUCUAAAACUAACCUACUUAGUUUGGAUCAAAUUCAGAGUUUAGUUAAAGAUAAACGGGGUGUAUAUAAUGUUAAACAUCCCGCAGCUAAAACUAUUUUAGCUGAGUUUAAAGAUGAUUCAAGAAAAAAUCUAGUAUUUAAUUCUCUAAACAGUUUAGCUAAGCACUUAAAAGGUGACCGUCAAGUUAUUAGAGAGUACCUAAAAGGAAAUAAAUCUGGUUAUUAUCGAGGUAAAUGAAAAUUUACAUAUAAAAAUUAA